GAGCGAGCUUGGCGCGGGCCAGGCCUGCCCGGCGCCUGGGGUCCAGUCGCUGCCAACCCGGGGGGACGGGGGGCUGCUGCCGGGAAGACAAGAACAUGGUGGCCUCCGCGAAGCUCCUCGCCUCGACGUCCCCGCUGCCGCUCGCGAUGGCGGUGCUUCUGACGGUCGUCGCGGUCUGCGCCCCGUCGGCGGCGCAGCACGAAGACAACAUUCGUGCCUGGGCUGAAGAAUUAGGUGAUGAACUAUGGCGGUUGGGCAGAAUUGUUACCAAAUUUACGGACAUGAAAAAGAAUUACCAGUACCACAAUGUACAAGUUCACGAGAAAGAUGGUACUUCUUUACUGGAAUCCAUUGUGAAGGACGUUUCAAGAAUGUUAGCACGUAAAGUUGAGGCCGUGAAGUGCAUCAUGAUGGCCGCGGAGGAGGUGGCGGAGGAGUUCGAGUACAACUCCACGGCCGCGCUGGGCAGCUACACGUACCGCAGCGCCAAGUACUCCACCGUGCACGAGGAGGGCGCGACGGAGCCCUUCGUGCCCGAGUUCAGCGGCAAGCCAGAGGACAGGAUCUACGACGACAUGUACCUGGGGCCCGACCCGCACUUCUACAACAUCCCCGUCAACACCACCCACAGCUGCGUGCACGUGCCGACCAAUGUGUUCGACAAGGCUGUGGACGUCCUCCCUUCGAUAGUGUGGUCAGAAGGCCUGGAUCACAUGUUCAUUAAGAACUACGAGAGUGAUCCUUCGCUGUCCUGGCAGUUUUUUGGUUUGUCAACCGGAGUGAUGCGAAGUUACCCAGCGUUCCACUGGAAGCAGGAGGUGGACGUGUUCGACUGCCGCACGAGGUUCUGGUUCAUCGAGGCGGCCACCUGCACCAAGGACAUGGUCGUGCUGCUGGACAACACGGGCUCCAUGCGGGGCAUCCGGCAGACCAUCGCCCGGCUCACGGUGCACAGCAUCCUCGACACGCUCGGCAACAACGACUUCGUCAACGUCUUCUACUUCAACAGCACGCUGUACGACACCGUGCCGUGCUUCAAGAAGACUCUCGUGCAGGCAACUCUAGAAAAUAAAAAUAUGUUCAAAAAUCAAAUACAAGACCUGAAGACUUUCGGAUCAGCAAAUUUUAGCCAAGUAUUUGUUGAAGCUUUUGAAAUAUUAGAGCAGUACCGCCAGGAGAGGGGAUGCGGCGACGACGACGAGGGGGGAGCCCGCUGCAACCAGGCCAUCAUGCUGAUCACGGACGGCAUCCCCGGCAACCUCACGGACGUCUUCGAGCGGUACAACCGCAAGAACAACAACACCCACAUCCCGGUCCGCAUCUUCAGCUUCCUGGUCGGCCGCGAGGUCACCAAGGUCCGGGAGAUCCAGUGGCUGGCCUGCCUGAACAGAGGAUACUACGUCCACAUCCAUCACAUGACCGAGGUCCGCGAGCAAGUGCUCAAGUACAUCGAUGUCAUCGCUCGCCCUCUGGUGCUGCAAGGCGUAGUCCACCCGGUCGUGUGGACGCACGCGUAUGCGGACACUUCAGAUCCUAAAAUAGCUGCUUGGUUACGAGAUGUCAUGGACAGCCCUGAAAAAAUUGAGCAGUUGCUGCUCCACGAACGUAAUAAAGGGCUGUAUUUCAGCCAACAGAAGGAAGACAGCUUGUAUAUUAAAGAGGGAGAGGGUGGAGAUGAUGAAGAAGCAGAACCUCAGCUGCAAGCGUAUCGGCUCAUGACGUCCGUCGCCAUCCCUGCGUUCGAUACAAAGGCUAACAGGAACACACAGAAUCGCACUGCAAAGCUCUUGGGUGUCGCUGGAACUGAUGUUUCUCUCGACGACAUUGAAAGGCGAGCGUCCUCGUUCAAGAUUGGUGUCAAUGGAUAUCCAUUCAUUGUUACCAACAAUGGCUACAUCCUUAUACACCCAGAUCUGAGACCAGUGUUCCGAGGCGUACUGAAGGAUAACUACAACAGUGUCGACUUCAGUGAGGUGGAGAUCACGGAGGAAGAUGUGUGGGCGAGAGAAAGCAACACCUCUUCAGCUCUCUUUAAGUUACGAGAAGCUAUUGUUAGCCACACUGUUGGUAGCAGGAAGGGGUUAAGAAUGAAGUACCACUACGAUGACAUGAAACGUGUGGCCGUUGAAAACAAGGACUACUUCUACGCUCCUCUGACAGGUACUCCGUUUACAAUGGGAAUCGCAUUGCCACAAGGAUACGGUUACUUCAAAAUUGGAGUUGGUGAUGUUUUGCAAACGAUCAGGCAGCAAGGUAUUCCAGUGACAACGUUCUUCUCUGGCAGCAAUUGGAAAAUUCAUCCAGAUUGGCUCUAUUGCAAAUACAACCAUGAUUCGUACAAGGCUUUCACAACCUCUGAAGAGGAAUUACUACACUUCCUUCAAAAGAUGUCCUCAGAGGAUUGGAAGUGGUUUGAUCAAUACGAAGAUGUUGAUGAUGACGUCUACGAAUCGUGGAAGUCUCUCAACCACUCAGCCAACUGUUCCAGGCAGCCAGUUGAAGAAGGCAGUUAUUAUUGCGAUAAAGACUUGUUGCAGCUGCUGUUAUUUGACGCAGAAGUCACAGAACCAUUUUUCAGGGAUGAGAAGUGGAUAUACCGCAACAAAGUUGACAAGGAACUAGUGGACUCGUACAAGGUCACACUGAGGUUUGUGGCAACACACAGUGGACUUACAAGAUGGGAGCACGUUGAAGAAAAUGAAGAAAGCAUAGCGAGUGGCAUGGAGUUCGGAGACUUGCACACUCACGGAAUAGAAGAGCCUUGGUACAAGAGUGCUGUGUUGCAGCAUCAGAUCAACCAAGAUUCGUUCGUUUUUUCUGUGCCGUUCGCAGCAGGUGACGACGAGAACACCUCGGUGACGGCCAGCUACGCGGUGUUCCCGCGGGACGGCGGCCGGGAGGCCCCAGCGUCCGUCGUGGGGCUGCAGUUCCGCCACUCCUCCCUGCGCUCCAGGUUCUUCAGCAUCACGGGCAAGAAGCACUGUGCUACAUGCACGGACACCUGUACGUCUGGAGAAUUUGAUUGCUACAUUCUCGACAGCAAUGGCUACGUGAUUGUUUCCGAGAGGAAGAAUGACACCGGCAAAUUCUUUGGUGAAAUUGAUGGCGGAGUUUUUGAAACCAUGAAGUUUAACGGCAUUUUCAAAAAAUUGAGGAUGUUUGACUACCAGUCCUUGUGUUUUGAAGAGAUUUUGGAAAUAAUGAGUGCAGCUAAUAUGCUUUUUACUCCGCUGCACCACGUGGGGUGGCUGCUGGAUUGGCUGCUGGGUCAGGUGCUUUGGUUCCUGGUACAAAGUUUCCACGUCCUGUUCCUGGGCGACUGGACCAGCUCUUUCCCUUUGGACACCGAGAUCGGGCAAGAGUAUUACCCAGACUACUAUGUUCUUGAAGAAGAAAGACACAAUGACACGUUGGAGGAUGAUCUUGAAGAACUUGGUCAGUCCUCGGAGGAAAAACCCUUGUCUGUCAGGCUCUACAACACUUCUAGGCCGUGCGAUGAGAAGUCUAACCUCUACUUGCUGCAGCAGCAGGAAGAUAUUCUACAGAAUGGAGUCUACAAGGCAGAAUCGCCGAUCAAUGGAGCAAGACCGUUCUCGGUGCGGCUCAUCCCCCACACCAACUUGCUGCUGCUUGUGAUAGACGACUUGCGGCAAGGCACUCAGAAGAGGAUCACCGUGGCUCGCAAGGAGAUCCGCUACAACAACACCGAGUACCCGUGCCAGAAGACCUUCCUGAACGGCCUGCCGCGGCGCCGGCUGCUGGCGUGCUACUCGGAACACCCGGAGGAGGUAGACAUUAAGACCUGUGGUGAUAGCAACAAGAUCACAUGCAGUACUUUGGCAAUAAUGGUAUGUUGGAUUAUAGCAUCUAUAUUCCAUCUGCAACACUGAUGAAGUUGUAUCUACUAUUUUACAUAAGGUUUGUUAAAAUGUAAAUUGUACAAUAGUCUAUUAACAUCAAACAUUGCUAUUACCUCUCAAUGUUGUGUAUUGUUUUGUGUUUCAAAAUAAGUUAUGUAGUACGUAUUUCAUAUGCAUAUUCAAAUGAUCAAUAAUAGUGACCAUGUUUUACACAGCUUAAAGCCAUUUUCCCUAUUAAAGUUGUUUUAGUGUUAAAA